ACUAAAAAGCUUUGUGUUGAAACCUAUUAAUUUCAUUACAAUAAAAAAAAAAAAAAAAAAAAAAAAACCAUCACAUUCGUUCAUUUUUUCCAUGAAUAUAAUUACAGAUUUUAUACCACCUUGAGUGGACAAUAAUGUUUUCCUGAUUAAUUUUAAAAUACUGCUAAUCCUAUCAUACUUUCAUUUGCCCUUGCUUAACCUUUAUUAAAACUGCGAAAACGGACCACUGCUCUGUGACACCCUUAUGAUGUAAGAUGAGGCAGGAGAGCAGCACUAACUCCCCCCUGAGACACUUCCGCCACCCCGCGCAUGACGUCACAAGGGGAGUCCCGCCGCUAAGUGAGUGACUGGAGUUGGAGAGAAGGAUCAUUAUCAACACACAGACGGCCUGCGGUCGCCGCGGGAGAAGGGUAACUUAGACUCGGCAAGCUACCGUGACCAGUGACGGCAGGAAAAGUUGCGCCAUCCCUCCCUUUAAACCGAUCUACCUCAAAAUAGGCUUAGCGCUCAGACUACCGGGACGACUGACAGUUGUUUUGAUUUAUUUUCAUUGCCAUUCGAAGGUUUUCAAUUUUUACUGAAAUAAACAUGAGUAUCCUUUGACUCUUAAAUGUGACAUCGCAUACAAGAAAGCAGGUGCAGACGAUAAAUUUACUACCCAGCAUGCCGUAGCGGCAGCCAUGUUUGUUGCUCUUUGUUGUGUGCGGCGAAAGUGAACUAACUAUUAUGCAUGAAAGGAUUUUCAUGUGAUAUCUUUUAAAAUACCACAUGUGAAAAAAGAAAGGGAAAAAAUAGUAGUAGAUGAAAUGUCACGAAGGAAGCAAGAAAAGCCGCAACCAAGAAAAAAUUUAAUAAAAGGUGAAGCGGAUCUAGUUCAAGAUAUCCUGACAUGCGGCCUAUGCCAAAAGAACUUUCCCUUGGCGGAAAUCGUCCGUUUCAUUCAACACAAAGUGCAGUUCUGCAACAAGGAGAAUUGCUCAGGGCUCUUCGAAGACAGCGAGGACAGUCAGGAUUCCGCUGUUCUCGCUGUGCCUUCCCUCAAGAAAGAGGAUUCAGGGAACCUCACAGAAGAGACCGUCGUGUCUUCUUCAUCGCUCAUCAAAAAGACACUUACAGCCAAAGAUACCUCGUCCACAAAUACAAAUGGCAACAUUUCAGAGCCAAGAAAUUAUGUAUGUUCAACCUGCAAGCAGAGCUUAACUUCAGCAUGGGCAUUGAUAGUUCAUGUCCAAGAAAUCCAUGGUCUCAGCAUAUGCGUGGACUCUACUUUUCCUACGGCGGAUAAGAUAGAAAAACCCCUUGAAACGCUGUCCACCUUAAAUCACUCUUUUAGCCUUAGGGCUCCUCUUCUUGAACGCCAAAUGGACCCUGCACCUCUUUUCCCUCGCAACUCUAGUCAGGAACUGCGUCUAGAUCUCAUCGGCAAGUCUUCCAACAACCUUUCAAACGCUCCUAUUAGUACCACGCCACCACCUCUGCUAGAACCACCACAAAUCUCCCAAUGCGAACCAAUGCAGGAUUUUUAUUCCCAAAGGCUAAGAGUUUUAGCUGGAGCCACAAGUCCGAAUGCUACUUCUACUCCACGAAAUCUUCUCCAACCGAAUUUUAAAGCUAUUUUCAAUAAUAAUAGCACGAGUCCUCGUCCUUCCACUCCACCUGAGUCAUCCUUGACCCCUCCAGAGAAAGUUCAUCCAUCGACUUUAAAUUCAUCGGCGUCUUCAACGACAAGCGAUCAUGCACAAACCCCUGCCAAAAACAGACUUUGCGAAUACUGCGGAAAAUCGUUUCAGUUCAAAAGCAAUCUCAUAGUUCAUCGGAGAUCGCAUACUGGUGAGAAACCGUUCAAAUGCCACAUUUGUAAGCACGCUUGUACGCAAGCAAGCAAGCUCAAGAGACAUAUGAAAACCCACAGACUAAAGAAAUUGUGUUUUGAUAAAGUUAACGAAAAAGAUCAGAAUGGAGAAGAUGUGACCUCAAAAAGUACUCCAGCCGACAGUAAGACUAAAUGUAGCAAUGGGGAGAAGCAAACGAAUGGAGAUGCUGAUUACGGAUCUGAUGAUCACGAAGAAGAGGAACUAGAUGAAGAGGAAAUUGAUGUAGAGGAAGAAGAAGCAGUGGAAGAUGAGGAAGAAGUCAAUGUUGAUGGCAUGGAGGAAGAUGAAAGUCUGAGGGAAAAUGGUGAAGGCAAAUUAGUCAUUGAUCACUCUACUAAUGACGAGGCUCUUGUAGCUGAAGAUCUGACGAAAAAACCAACUAAUAAUGGAACACCAAAGUUAGAAAAUGGAGCGAUUUCUAAGAAAAACGAUAAGAGCGAAAAUCACGAUAAAAAGAUUGUAAAACAUUCUGUUAUCAGUGAAAUUAUGGAGAAAGUAGGUUUCGGUCUCAUACCUCCGUAUAAGGAAGCUUACAGACAAGCCCUCAAGGAAAGUUCAUUUCGUAAUUCUCUAAAGCAAGAGCGAUAUUCUUCCGGAACUGAUGGUAGUGCAUCAAAUGAUGCAGGAAGUCAUCACAGUUACGAUUUGGCUUCGUACCAUCAUCCAGAAAGACCACCCCGAGAAGGCACUAGAAGUGCUGGCCAGUCUCCUCUCAGUUUCGCUCCAAAUCUUUUAGAUUCAUUCGACCAGCCUCUUAGUAUGAAGCGCAUGAGGCUGGACGAGCAAUGGAAAGACAAAGAGCGAGAAGGAAACCUUUUGUAUGCCGGACUGUGGUAUCCUCGAGUGGAUCCUUCUCAAACUUCAUACAGGGACAUUUAUGGCCUCGAUGGUCACGUAAACCAUCAUCCCAAGUCAUCCACGGAAAGUGCCUUGAAUUCCGGCGAUAACGGCCGAAGCAGUUCGAGUCCACGUCCCGGCCCCAGCUCAGCGUUAUGCGUUGCCCUAGCCAAUAAUCUGGUCAAACCCAAAGAACAGCAGCGCAGGAAUGAUACUUGCGAAUUUUGCGGCAAAGUCUUUAAAAACUGCUCAAACCUUACAGUGCAUCGUCGCUCUCAUACGGGUGAAAAGCCGUACAAGUGCGAACUGUGCAGUUACGCUUGUGCUCAGAGUUCUAAAUUAACUAGGCACAUGAAAACACAUGGUCGUCUCGGCAAGGACGUUUAUAGGUGCCGCUUCUGUGACAUGCCUUUUUCAGUGCCAAGCACGCUUGAAAAGCACAUGCGCAAAUGCGUCGUAAGCCAAAGUGGGGGAUCACCCUAUAUUAUGUCUGAAAGAGAUUCAGACUCCAAAGAAAUGACAACGUAAAAAUCGACUCCUUUUACCUUUUAUUUAAAAAAUUGUCUAGAAAGAAACAAACCUCCGCAGCAAGAAACGAGAGCAUUCACAAGCAGUCCAAAUAAAAAUUCAGGCCUGCCAAAAAUAAAGAAAUGGUUUGUUUAAGAGAAAAUUUUUCUUUUGAAUAUGAUUUACCUAAAGUUUUAGACGAGUUAUUUUCCUUAAUGUCUUAUUUUCAUUCUAUUCUAUUAUAUCUGGUAUUUUAAAAUCUCAUAAAUUAGAUGUCUUUGAAGCAUACAUUAGGUUAAUAAUAAUAAUAGUUAUUCAAAAUUAGUUGCUGUUUCGGUAAUUGAUCAACUGAUAGAUUCAUAUCAUAGAUUAUAUAAAAUUCCUUUGUUUAAUUAUUGUUUGCCGAGUUAAAUAAUAAAAUUCUACAAAAAUUACAGUACUAUCUGAGAUGUUUUGAAGCAAUGUCAGGCAACUAAUGAAAGCAUUUGAGUUGUUUGCCGAAUUUGUAACCCAAAGAAAACAUAUAUUAGAACCUAUAAGAGUUAAGAAAGUAAUACUUUAUAAUAGUUAUAUUAAUAAAAAUUGGAAAAGUAAAGUCUUGAAUUGUUUAACUAUUUAUUAGUCAUUCUAUCGUUUUUAAUUGAUUAAUAUGUAUUAAUGUGUAGUAUUAUUUUAUAUGGUAGGUAGGUAAAAAAAUCAAGGACUGUAACUUUGCAGUUGUUCAGGUGAUUUCUUGCUCCGGGUUUGUUUGUUUGUUGAUUAUCUUCAAAACGCUCAAACGGUUAUUAUAGUUGAGAACUAUUGUAUAAUUACUAAAUUCGUGGACACAAUUCUUAUUAGCCCAUUAAAUUUAUUUUUUCUGUGUGACAUGUGAAUAUUUAGGUCAAACAGAUGAUUUUCACUUGCUGUAAACAUUUUUAUAUGACUAUAUAUAUAAUAUAUAUAUAUAAAUUCUGUAGUGCCAAAAAUAUCCGUAUUGUUGUAAUUAAAUUGAAAUGACUGCAAUUUUUAGAAACUACGUUGUACUUAUCUGUAUCAAAAAGUGCUCAUUUCUGCAAGACAAAAAGGUUAGAAGUUGAAGAAUCUAUGAAGUUCUUGUUUGUAAAUUAGUGAUUCAUUUAUUAGCUUUUAUUUUUAAAUCCCUUUUUUUUCUUUUAACUUUCUAAAAUGAUGCUUUUGAAAAUCAUUGUAUCGUUUGUUUAUUUCUUUUUCUGUGUCUGAUGUGCUUAUUGUGUUGUUGUACUGUGUAAUACUUUUGUGUCCGACCUCAGGAAUAUAGGUACUUAGAUAAUAUUUAAAUUUUUUCUAUGAGCGCCUAAAAACAGUUUUCUUAUUCUACUUUUCUUUUCUUUACAGAGUCGAUGCAAUCUGCAAGCAACUAAACAUAACGCUUAAAUUAUUUAGCACAUUAUUAUAUGUAACGGAAGUAUUUUUUACACUAAUUUUUAUUAUAUGUUAAAUAUUUGGAGAUGUUUAUUGUGUUAUGCCAAUGAAAAUUUCGCCUUUACAAACGAAAUAAUUUUUAUUUUUCUUUCAACUUUCCUUUAGAUAUUCUUCUUAAUCCAUUUUUAAUCUAUUUCACAUAUUUUUAUAUUACUUGACGGAUUAUUCCUUUUAAUAAAUGAAGUUUAUGAUAGCUGUCUUUCCCGUGUUUUAUGUAAUUUUUAAUUAGGAGUAAAUUAUCUCAUAUAAUUGUAAUAAGUGCACAUCGUUUUGUGAAUUUUUUAACUUCCAUUUAUUAUUUUUUCGGAGCCGUUGCACAGAUGAAUAAAAAUUAAAUAUGAGUUUCAUUUAAAAUUGUUACCUUCCGCAUUUUAAGCUUUCUCGUUAUAAUAUUAAUAAAAAGGAAAAAUGAGGACUAGCAGACAUGUUGUAUUUUGUAUCUCAUUUGUAGAUUUAAAUCUGUAUGAAAAACAGCUCUUCAUUAUGCAUUCCUUUUACCACUUACAGAAUUCUGCAUUUUAAGUAUUACACAUUGAAUAAGCAUAUUAGAUAAAAAAUUAGAAGCUAUAUAUAUAUACGUGAAGUUAUAUUUAAUUUUAAUCUGUAAUUUCCUAUCAUGUAUUAGCAAUUUCUGGUAGGCACUUUGUAAAAGAUUGUCUGCCCUCUACUACGUCCUUCAUAAAGCUGCAAGCAAAAAGUCCAUUAUAUAUUUUGUUAUUUUUUUCACCUCUAAUGUAUUUGGCUUUUCGGAAAUUAUGUCUUUUUUCUGCAAAAUGUUUUCCUAUAUCUUGUAUUUCUGGAGGUUAUUAUUUUUAUGCUUCACCCGAAAAAGAAAAAUUCUUUUAAAUCUUUAAAUUUUAGAUUCUGCAUUUACAAAGCAAAAUAAAAAAGGGAAUGCAUACUUUUAACUUUCUGUGGUAACUCUCCUUUCAUUUUUUACUUUUAACUUCAAGUUAUUCGCAAAGAGUUAUAUCUGAUGUAAGUUAUGAUAGAAUAUGAGAAAAAUUGUUAAACAUAUAAACAAAUAUCUGCUCCGCUAUUUGUAGCAAAGCAGAGUUAUUUACAAUUGUGUAAAUUGUUUAUAAUCAGUGUAUUAUGUAUCUUAGAUUUAAAAUGGUAGAAUCGUUUAAUAACUUCCUCUGGAAAAAUCCCUUAUCCUUGUAAGCGUCUACCGUUGUUUUGUAUUUCUCCAAGUGCCUGUGAUGAAGACGAAUAAGAACGUCUUGUGGUAAUUAUGUGAUGGUGACGUUGUUUAAUCUUGUAUUUGCGGUGUAGCUGUUACACUUGCACACACACAUAAUGUCAGUAUUCUCACUUUAUUAAGAAUAGCUGUGUGUAUUGUUUCUUUGUAUCAUGUAUUUAGAGAUUUCAUACAAAAGUGAACUGUUAAUUUAGAAGCUGACUGUUCAAAAGAACCCCUGAAAAUUUGUGUAAUGUUUCAGGAAAUAGCAUUUCCGAUGCUGUCACGUGUGCAAUAACAUACUCCAAUCUUAUCAUUCACAAUAUUAAGCCAAAACGUGAUAAAACAUUAAUAUUAAAGUUGUGUCGAACUUAUAGAUUCCGAGUACAAAAAUAACACAGUCAUUUCUGCUACAGAUACAAGGGAUAUAUUGUGUACCCAAAUAUAUUUUACCCAUGUUUAUAUACAUAUAAAAACACAUAAAUAUAAGCCAUACCUUUAAAUAAAAUCAAAUUUUCAUUUUACAUUUACUAGUUUAUAUCUUGUAUGAAUGAAUAUUUUAAGUAAUUAAGAAGCUAUUUCUUUCUUAUUUUAGUUAUUUUAUGAACAACGCAUGCAUUAUUAAUUAUGAACAACACAUACAUUAUUAAUUAUUUUACAUGUCUCUGAUUACUUCUUUUUGAAGUAUUUUUUAUCAUAAAUUGCAUGCCCUGUAUAAUAUUUGUUAAACUUUUGUAAAUUACACCCUCCAAAGCUUUUUAUAACACAUUCAUAUUAAAAUAUUGCAGAUUUAUACUAUAAAGACAAAAGAAUUAGGUGGGAAAAUUGUAUAUAAAUUGGGAAUAUGUGUGAUAUGUUACAUGUGGAAAAUAAUUUCACCUUUAAAAUGAAAUUUUGUAAAAUUUGGAACAACAUGUUUUCCAGUUUUCUCAGAAUUAAAGUCAGCAGAAUUUUACAAUAAAAUAAAUAACUGAUGUAGUUUAAAAAUACUAGCUGGACAACAUGAAGCAAACAAUUUUAGGAAGGAACUUGAGCAUAGGAAUUUUGCUUCGAAAUGUAUAUAUUAUUAAUUGUAUCAGUCAGCUUCUGAAUCGACAUGCUUGAUCAUAAUAAAAAUCUGGGUUGUGAAGUCUUCCCCUUUUUUCUGUACAAUCAUCAAUGGUACCUCAUGAAUAGAGUUAAAAAUCGUAUUGAAUUUAAAGUAAUGUACUAUUUCAUGUAUAAGAUGAGCCAUAUAUGCUUCUUCCUGAGUGCCUCUUUCUCUGUAGUAAAAUAUUUAAUUAUGUGGCUCUGGGAAAUAAGUUUGGGAAGCUUCUAUUUGCUUAGUUGUAGUAAUUGUUUAUUUGAGUAAGAAAUUUUUCUUUUUGGCUUAGGAAAUCAAAUUAAUUUUAUAGACAGCCUUUUAUGAUUGAACUUUACUUAAAUCUUAUCAGGAUUAACAGUCAGAAAAGCGCUUUGAGCUUUUACAGCUGAUUUUAAAACAAAAUUCCACCAGAAGCUUCCUUAUCACUUAGCAUUAAAAUGUUUUCAAUGCUGCCAACAAAACUUUAUUUAUUGAAUUGUUACUAAAAUUUAGAUUGCAAUGAAACAGAGAAUUAAUUGACUUUGAAUAAGUGGUAGUUUUAAGUUUUAGAUAACUAAAAAUAAAAAGUAAAUGUCAAUAGCUCGUUAAUAGUUGUUCAAAAAAUCAAGGAGAAGUAUAUAUUUCUCAUUUUUCGUGAAUUUGGUAAAGAAACAUAUCUGUGAAAAAUUAACCUGCCACUAUGAAAAUGUUCUUCGUGCUGUGUACACUUAAUACUUGUUACGCGUUUUGCAUAAUAACCUCAAAUUUACUCAAGGGAAUAUCGCUUACAGUUCUGCAACUCUUUUCUGAGCUUCAGCUAAACCUCCUUCCGAGACAGAAAGAAAGAAUACAUAAUUUAAAAUUUCAUUUUUGUUUACUAGUAAUCUAAAAGAGCUAUUUUAUUUGCUGCAUGAACAUUCUUUUGCAAAAGAUGUAUAUAUAGUUAUCGUUUUUAUCAAAUGUCAUUAGACAUAAUAUGAUUUUCUGAUAAUUAAAAACUUGUUUUUUUAAUUACAUUAUUGGAAAACGUGUGCAUUCGAAGAUAUUUAAUCUUAGAAUUCGUCUUAGUUAAGGAAAAAUAUUAAAAUAGUAGAUGAGUAAUGUUCAGUUUUCGUGUUGAUUCAGUUUACAUUUUAGUAUUCAAAGAAGAGAAAUAAAAUCAUUAUUUAAAUUUAUAUAAAGGCACUUCGUAUAUUUAAGCUUAAGUUCAUACUGAAUUUUUUCCUGCAAAAUAAAGUAAAAUUUACCAUAAAUUAAUAAAAAUGUUAUAAUGAAUCCAAAAUAUAUAUUGAAGCAUUAGUCAAUAUUUUCACAUAAAAUAUUAUGCAAACUAUAUAGUUUAAUUUUACUUAUGUACUACAUUUUAAGAAAUGAAUGUUGUUUCGAAUACAACAUAAAUGAAUUUCUGAUCUUUCAUGCAAAAAUAGUCAUACAAUUUGUUUGGGAAUUAAUCACUUAUGACUUCUGCUUCUAUAAAACUAAGACUUAUUCUAAUUUUUCAUAAAUUUAACAAUUAUUUUAAUAGUUUUAUUGAAAAGUCUUUUUACAUAAAAAGUACAUCUUCAAUCUAAAAAAUUAACUUGGUAUCAAGUUUAACUCUUACGUACGUGUGUUUUAUUAAAUAGCUGUUUUAGGAGUAUUAUUUGUAAGUUUAACCCUCAUUAAAGUACUUUUGUAAUUGUCUAAAGGUAUUUACUACCUUUCUUUCUUCGGAAGGAUUCAAACUUUGCAGAAUUUAAACUUCUCUACCUCUAUAUAUCAGUGGCUUGAAAGUUACCAAUUCUCUCUCAGAGCUCUAAAUACCUUAAAUUACCUCUCGCAUAUUAAAAAGCAAAAUAUUAUGCUUGACUUGCAUACGGGUACUGUAAGGAUACAUAAAAAUAUUUCAGACCAUUUCCUUUAAUAUCCAGGCAUCGUAUCGUAGUUUUGUAUGUCACACCCAAUAGGGAGUGAAAUGACAAGCUUUCGUGACAUCGCUGGUUUGCUGUUGCAAACACACAACAGUUCUAGCUCAUGUUUUAAAUUUACAGAUGAGUAUUUUCUAUCUUAGAUGUAUCAUAUGUACCUCGUGAUUUUACUGCUGUAUGCAAAGCAUACGACCUCAUUGUGUACUGUUGCAGAUAACUCCAAGAAAACGGAAUAAUUAUCUUACAAUCGUUGUAUAUACCUCAGGCAGUAUGUACCUCACUUCCAAAGUGGCCUGAAUGCGUUUUAAUGAACGAAAACUUGCACACAUACGUAAUACCUCUACUCUUUUGUAACCUUGUAGAACGGCGUAGACUACGUAGAAAAAAAAACAAAGUGAUGGAUAACGUGGAUCAUAAGCCAUAUUCAAACAAAUCGAUCUGUAAUAUUUUAUUCAAAAUAUGUAACACUGUUAUUAAUUGCAUUUUUUUUUUUUUAUAGUAUUAAAACUCUUAUGUGAGAUGGAUUUCAGUUAAAAUUUAGACAAAUUCACGAGAGUUGCUUCUUGCUAACUAGAAACAUUAUUUUUUCAAUUUGAAAUGUUUUUUCAGUUUCUGUUCCUAAUAGCAACGAAUAUUGACUAACAAUAAUUUUAUGCUUUCACAUAAUUAUUUGUAAUAAAUGUUGCUAAUUUUCCUUCCGUCAAGUUCUGUUGCUCUAUUGUAAAUGUGUGUUUUUAUUUUUUGUCUGUACAUUAUAGAACAUAACUGAAUUUUCGCAGUGAUUCUUUUCUGUAUAUCUGGUGGAGAAUAAUCCAUGUGCCUGAGUAAAUGUACGCGUACUUAAAAUUUGAAUUUAUGACGCUUGAUAAUCAGUUUGAUUUAUUCUGUAUGAAAUAUCAUUUUAAAUAUGAUUUGUAAGUUCACUUUGUAAACAACUAUCGAUGUAAAUAAGCAGUUAACUAUAAUCUAAUCUGCGACAAAAUAGCAUCCAGUUCGUCAAAAACGAUUAAGAUCAGUUAAAAAUGUAAGGUUAUGAUAAUAAUCAUAAUUAUUGAUCUCAUAUUUGACGAAGAUUGCUGCGAAAUUUCAGUAAAAUAUUUUCUAUGCGUAAUGUUUGUCUUUUUACUGUGUAUGACGUUUUUCUACAAAUCCAUCUUUUUUUCGUAAGAUUUAUGUUUCAGUUAUCUUGAAACGUUAAGUGUAUUUUCUUGAAACUAUAUGAACAUAUUAUUAUAUCAUUGAAACAGACGAAAUUUCAUCCUUAAUAAUGUAUUAUUUUUGUCUUCUGUACAUCCGAGUUAGUAUCAUAAAUAUGUUUUGAUAAACUCAUAUGACCUAAUCACAAAUCUAGUGUGGUUCAAUUUCUUGUACAUACCAAUAAUAAUAUUCAAUAUGUUUUGUCUUGUCCAUUGAAAAAUUAAAUUGCCAGCCAAGCUGCCAGUUGCCAGUGUAUAUGUGGCUCCAGAGCCGGUGAAUUUAUUAUUAUUUUUUUCCUUUUUAAUUAUGUGUCGUCUUCUUCCAUGCUUUGUGAGUAUGUGUAAAAUGUACAAUUGUAGAAUUUGCCUGAAAGGUAGGUCAAGGUUAGGUAAAGGUGAAUACCGAAGCUUGCUUACCGUUUUAGGGUUGAUUUUUUAAAAGCUAUUAAGAUUAUUUCCUCUGCAAGUGAUUGAUGCACACAACAAUGUACUUCUGAAGAAAAAUAAGUUUAAUCGUACUUAGAUUUUAUCCACUAAUUAUAAUUUUAAAGUUUGUUUGUUGUAAUAUUGCGUUUAAAAUUGUGGUAAAGCAUAUACUCACGAAAUGCUUUUUUCGAGUAUUGUACAGUACAUUUUUAUGUAUUUGUUAUUGUAUGAAUAGUAGCAGAUUGUAAAGCAUUUGUUAAUUUGCGUGCAGCAGGUGUCAAGUGGAACUCUUUAACUUCACUAAACGUUUAACUAUUUAAUUUUCAUAUGCACACAUUUCAGUUAAAAUCAAAAUCUGUUUUGAAUAGAUCAAAAUCCAUUUUACAAUGUUGCUGGUUUCGUAAAAUAUAAGAAAGUGUGGGUUUCUUUAUUUAAAACUUGUUUCAGUAUUAGUAUGAUUCAGGAAAUUUGUAUAAGGAGUUUAAAAAAAAAGAGUAUAAUGCAAAUUACUUCUAUAUUUACUUUUUAAGACAAGGACAGAAUGCGAAUAAGAGAUAAUGUACGUUUUUUUUUUUUUUUUUUUUUUUUUUUUUGGAAUCGAAUGAUUUAUUUUAAAUUUAACAUUUAACAUUCAGUUUUGAAAGCUUAAGGUUUGGCUUAUUAUGACAAAGCACUCGAGGUCUAUUUCCCUAAUGGGAGGGAUGCCUUCGGGAAAGACUUUCUAAGGGAAACUGGCUCAUAUAAGCGUUACACAUGGGAAAAACCACGAAAAUGCCCAUGAAGCCAUCCCGUUUGCUUAUUUCAAAAUUUUCCGAAAACUGUGAAAAUAUAAUCAAGAUUUUUGUUAUCUCAUUUUAUUAGUGUUAAAAAUGUAACAUUUCUUUCCGUAAAGCUUUAAAUUAAGUUUCUAUAGCUUUUUUUAAAAACUUUAAAUUUUAGAAUGCAACAUUUUUAACUUCAUAUAUACACGCACAUACACAUAUUUUCAUGAAUUAUUAUUAAAAUAAAAGUAAAAUGUAUAAUUAAUAUAGAGUUUAAAUAUUAUUCUGACAAAAUUAUUGUUAUCCGAAUUUCUUGUGGAUAUUGUAUAUAUAUAUAUAUAAAGAAGUACAUAACUUUCACUCACUUGCAGAUAUAGUUACUUGUUACGUAGAACAUUUUUCUGAAUUAUCUAAGUGCCGUUAAAUGUUGAUUGUUUCCGAACUGCACUAAUUUCAUUGUUUGCCUUUUCUUUUGUGUUUGCACCAUUUUUUAGACAUAAAAAUUUUUGUAACGUUAGGUUGAACAUGUUUGCGAUUACUACAUUUAUGUUCUGCUUUCUUUGCCAGUAUUAGUAAAAUUUCUUUUCUUUUGUAACUUACACGCGAAAUGAUUGUAUAUUGAUAUGUUGUGAAAACAGAUUUUAUUUAUGGAUGGAGAUUUAUAAAUUAAAUGCUUGUAAAAUGAAA